CCACUGCAUACUGUAAACACCACACAAGACCUGCUGUGUUGGAGACACUCCGACUCGGUCGUAUAGUGUUCACUAUUCAGCUCUAGUCAAAGAGGCUCAGAUCCUUACAUUUGCCCAUUUGUCCUCCUUCCAUCUCACCAUGUACAUGCCCUCACUUCAAGAACUAGUUGAGAUGAUCAACAUUACUCACUCACCUGUCCGUGGUUUAAAUGUUAUAGAUGAUGAAUGAAAACCGGUGAAAGUUGGAGACUAAUAGAAGAAAACACAUAUUUUCGCUAAUAUUUAAUGGUUUACUGUGUUAAAGACAUUUAUAAACAUCAAGAUUUAGAAGUUUCCAGGGCCUGGUUCCUUGAAUAUUUGCUGCUUGUGGAGGUACUACAUAUAGAGAGGACAUGUGAAAUACAAACAGAGCAUUCCAGCCCUCAAUCUGCUCUCUGUAAGUGACUUGGCUUAAAGAACUGAAACAUCUCCAGAAACACAACAAGAGCUACAGGAGUGGAAGAAGGUGCUGCAGGUAAUCUCACACACAGCUGCAAUUAAUACUAUUGCUUUGUUUCUUUGCUGGUUAGAAUAUUACUGUAUAUGAAGCUGACCGGGUUUCAUUUCAUUUAUUGAUUGGUUUUCUACAAUGCAAAUCUUUCUAUUAAUAUUGAUGUAAUGAAGAAAAUUGACACAAUAUUUAAUAAUUGGGGGAAAAUGUAUCUGGACACAGCAGCAUUUUAGAAGCAUGUAUGUCACAUAAUUGUCUCCUAGCUGUGUAGGGCUAAUAUUUCAUUCAUUUAACCGAAGGAAAAGAAAUUGUCAUCAAGAAGCUCUUUCUUUUCAGAAAAGUGACCAUGCCUCGCUUCUCGCUAGCCAUGUGUGUGCUUGUGCUCGGGCUCUUCUGCCUGUCGGGUGCUGAAGAGAGCCAAGAAGAGUCCAGAGAAAAGCGGGAUGUACCAAACUGGGCUCUGACCUCCUCUGACUUUUUCGGCUGGAUCGAAGAGCUGCGCAAUCACGCUGGCUAUGAUAAAAUCGAUGAGCUGGCCAGAACCUUCUGGGCUCAUUUCCCCUCGGCUAGUCGUCUGGGCUAUGAUUCCCCAGCUCCUGAAGAAUGAUGGCAUAUGUGCUGUUUUUCUGUGUAAAACUUACUCUGUCUGAACUGUUCAUAAUUUCCUGCAUACGUUAAAGGGCCAUUAAAGAUUGUCAAAAUGUCUGACAGUACAGAACAUGUCCAGUCACUUUUACCAACAUUAGAAAGUGGAGGCAAAUUAUAAAAAGUGGUUCAUUGUUUUUCCUUUUUAAAUAAACAUAACCUACUUUGUUAAACACAAUAAAUA